AGUACCUAAUGAAGAUAUUAUGAACCCAGAACAUGUCACUUCAAAAUAUAUAGUAACUGAAGACUUGUGUAUGGUUGUAAGAAAACCUGAUUUGCUCAUAGAGACGCAACUUAGGGGCAUAAGGAAGCUAGCACUACAUUGCUCCCUGAAAGAUAUUGUUCCCAAGAAUGCAGCUGAAGGUUGGAAAUCAGAAGCAAGGACUGAAUUUUUGAGAAUGAUAAAUAACAAAGCAGUUCUAAUGAAGGUCUUCAGAGAAGAGAAUGGUGUGCUCAUUGUAGAUCUUCUGAAACCUGCAGCAAAUAAAAUAAGUAGUGACAUGCCUGUAUCCCUGAGAGAUGCUUUAGUUUUCUUGGAUUUAGCAAGGUUUCGCAUUGAACUUCCUGAUCAAUCUGAAAGGAAUAUACCACUGCAGUAUUUUCCACCAGUGAUGCCACAGGAAAAUGCAGAAGUUCUUGCUGUUGUUAGUUACAUUAAUAGCCCUGAUGACUUCUAUAUUCAGCUGCUGGAAAAUGGUCCAGAGUUUGCAGCUUUUCUCAGCAAAGUUGAAGAAGUGUACAAAAACCAAAGAGGAGCCAGCUUCGAAAUCAUCUGUCCAGUCCCAGGUCAACCAUGUGUAGCAAAAUUUGACACUGAUGGAAUCUGGUACCGAGCACAGGUUAUUGGACUGCUGGGUCAUCAAGAAGUUGAGGUGAAAUAUGUUGACUUUGGUAACACUGCUACAAUAAAUGUGAAUAGAAUGCGUAAAAUAAAAGAUGAGUUUUUAGCCCUUCCAGCAAAGGCCAUUAGAUGCAAACUGGCUCAUAUUGCACCAUGUAAAGGAACAGAGGAAUGGAGCAGUAAAUCAAAGGUCAGAUUCGAAGAACUAAUUCAAGACAAAUGCAUGCUCUGCUUUGUUGAAGAAAUGUCAGAAGAUGGUAUACUGUCAGUUGAGCUUUAUGACACUAUGGAUACAACAAAGCUGUCUAGUGUUAACAACAUCUUGGUUGAAGAAAACCUGGCAUCUUAUAUGAAAAGCAGCACCAAAAUGACUACAAGAUUACAUAAUGAAGUAUGGGAUCCUGCUUUGGAAGAAAUCCUCAAAAAAGGGAGAGAUGUGUUGCAACCUGAGAAUAAAGUCUUAUCAGAGUUUGAAGAUUUAGAGUUAGAUUGUAAUAAAGAACUACAAGUGCGAAUUAAUCAAGUUGUAUCUCCGAAUAAGAUCUUUGUGCAGUUCAUGUCAUCUGAAAAAAUACUAAAAAGUUUACAGGAAAGAAUGACUGCUACGUAUAGUGGAUCUGAGAGCGAAACAAUUCAGUGGACAGUUGAUACGAAGUGCGCGGCUUAUGAACGUGACAUGAAUCAGUGGCAAAGAGGUCAGAUCUGCAAGAUUGUUUCGGAAAAAGUUGUGGAGGUGUUCCUUUUUGACCUUGGUGUAGCCAAAAUGGUGGACACUGCGUAUCUAAGAGAACUUAAGGAAGAUCUGAAGACACUCAGACCUCUUUCUGUGGAGUGCUUCCUAGAUGAUAUAAGACCUGCUGGUGGGACCGAGCAGUGGACAGCAACUGCAUGUGAUGCUCUUGCGGGUUACCUAAAUGGAGCUCUGGUAACCCUAAUAAUACAGGAAAAUAACUCUUUUCCUUUAUCUGUGAAAAUACUUAGUAAAGAUGGUGGAAUGUGCACGGACAUCUCUGAAUACAUGAUUAAAGAAGGGCUGGCACUUAGAAAAGGAAGACCAGCUGAAACUGACUCAAGUACAACAUCCUCCAGUAAACUACCUGAAAUACCCUUUGAGCAAAAGGAUUCAGAUAUAAACAACUUGCUAACCAAAACAGAAUGUGCUCCAGUCCUUUCUUUACCAGAGAAAGAGGUUGAUCCUUUACAGAAGGUUACAGAAUCUAAAGAGGAAGAAUUCAAGACGCCUGUGAGUCAGCCAAUGACUGAAGCCUACAAGCCACCAGCUCUCCCGAGUUCAGACACCUUCACUGCUAUAGUCAGCUGUGUUUCAGAAGAUGGAACUAUUUAUGUAAUCCCAAAGUCACAAGAACAACAGCGAAGGGAAUUGAUGAAUGAUAUUCAGAAUAACUUCAAGUGUCUGGGUCUGCUGAAGCCAUAUAGUUGGAAAACAGGCGAGGCUUGUGUUGUAAGAGCGGCAGACACAAUGUGGUAUCGUGGAAAAGUUAGAGAAGUUGGUAUUGGCAUUAUCAAGGUACAGUACUUGGAUUAUGGAUAUAUUGAAAAAAUUCCUCAAUGUCAUCUCUAUCCAACUGUUUUGUAUGCAGACAUACCUCCAUUUUCCAUACCGUGUGAGCUUUCUAAAGUUGUCCCAGUUGGAAAUGUUUGGCAGCAGGAUGCUGUUGAACUUCUUCAAGAGCUGCUUGCAGAACGGCUCGUUGAAAUUCAAAUUAUGGAAAGGUUGGACAACCCAUGGGGAAACGUGUCCAUUGAACUUAUUUUUGCUGGGAUGUCACUGUCUUCUUUCAUGGCGUACCAUAAACAUUGUGUUAGUGAAGAUGAUGAUGCUAGCAUUCUAAAACUGGGUAUAGCAGACUGCAGUGAAUAUCCAUUGGAAGAAAACUGUGAUAUCAGCCAUGAGGAGUUAGUGCUGGCUGAAAUAGAGACUACUGUUCUUCCUUCAUACAGCUCACCACCUCUACCUGCUCUUGAACAUCUAUUUCCAGUGGAAGUAACACAUGUUGUGUCACCUAAUGAGAUCUACAUUGCCAUUGCUCAUUCAGACAAUGCCAGCCAGCACGACAAUACAGAGGACAGAGGAACUGAAUGCAACUCUAAAACGCUUAAGGAAAUGUUGAAGUAUUAUAAUGAAAACACUGCCUCCCUUUCUUUUCUGACGGAUUUUCGAACUGGUAUGCCUUGCCUAGCUCAGUACAGAGGAGGGUUGUGGCAUAGAGCCAAAGUGCUCUCAGUUAAGAAAUUUCACCCUCUUUUAAUUGUUGUGAAGUUUGUUGACUAUGGAUCAACUGGCACUGUGCCCACAAGCAGAUUACGACAGAUACCUUUGGUGUUGAUGCAAUAUCCUGCUCGAGCAUUCAGAGUCUUGCUGGCAGGAUUUAGACCUGCUUUAUCUGAUCCAGCAUCAGAAAGAGUUCCUUACUGUCCUGAAUGGACCAUGGAUGCUUUGUGGGAAUUUAUAAGUCUCAUUGAAGGGAAAAAACUGUGUGCUUCCACAGUGACAUACUCACCAGAGCAUACUGUGUUUUUAUAUGAAGAUGGAAACCUGAUUCACAUUAGGCUGGUAGAAAUGGGGCUUGCAGAAUUAAGCUAAUAAAAGCUUUAGAACUUUGUUGAAGAUAAUCACUGCAUAGACAUUCCAGCACCUUCUCAUUUGUUUUUCCUAGUAUUUCUUUUGAAUAAAGUAUUCACAUGUUUAAAUGUUAAAUUCUUGUUACACUGUUCAAGUACUUUAUGUUAAAUAAAAAUAGCUGUU